UAAUAAUUGGAAAUGAGUGGAGAUCAUUCCCACAACGAUAGCCAGAUAGACUCCGGCUCUCGGGUCAAUGCGGUCUGACUGUAGAAAACAUAGCUGAAGUGCAGAUGGCUGUGAUAUGGAGGGGAAACACGCAGGACCGUUUGUAUCAAGACAUGAUUUCCAGCGGUGGAGGAAAUUCUCACAAGCAUAAAGAUAAGUACAAGGAUAAAGAACACAAACACAAGGACCACAAGAAGGACAAGGAGCGUGAGAAAUCAAAAUAUGGCAACAGUGACCAUAAGGAGUUCUCGGAAAAGAAACACAGAGAAAAGGAAAAGGAGAGAAUAAAACACAAAGAUGGCAGCACAGACAGACAUAAGGACAAACACAAGGAAAAAGACCAGAGGAAGGAGGAGAAGAUCAAGCCAAAGAAGGAAAAAGAGAAUGGCUUUGCCAGCCCUCAUCGCAUUAAGACGGAGCCGGACAAUGAUGACUUCUACCACUCUCCCAAGUCCCUGAAAAGAGAGCGUGACAAUGACGAAACUGAAUUCAAGCCCAAAAAAAUUAAAAUUGAAAAUGACAGAGUGGACAAGAAGGGAAAGAAGAGGAAACAAGACGAGGACACCAAGCCCAAAAAGACACAAAAAAACAAGAAAGGGGAAGUUGCUGACGGGAAAAAGAAAGCAAAGAAGGAACCUGAGGAGAAGUGGAAAUGGUGGGAAGAGGAGAGGGCAACAGACGGUUCCAAAUGGAGGUUUCUGGAACAUAAAGGCCCAGUCAUGGCAGCACCAUACGAACCUCUUCCCAGCAAAGUCCGAUUUUUCUAUGAUGGGAAGCAGAUGAAGCUCAGCCCAGAGGCUGAGGAGGUGGCCACCUUCUUUGCCAAAAUGCUGGACCAUGAGUACACUACCAAGGAUGCCUUCCGGAAAAACUUCUUCAAAGACUGGAGAAAGGAAAUGACCUCAGAGGAGAAGUCUAAGAUCACAGACCUGAAGAAGUGUAACUUCAAUGAGAUGGGGGAAUACUUCAAGGCUCAGUCUGAGGCCAGAAAGGCCAUGACUAAAGAUGAUAAACUGAAAAUCAAAGUGGAGAACGAACGCCUCCUCCAGGAGUAUGGCUUCUGCAUCAUGGACAACCACAAGGAGCGCAUUGCUAACUUUCGCAUUGAGCCCCCGGGCCUGUUCCGUGGCCGAGGAGACCACCCCAAGAUGGGCAUGCUGAAACGCCGCAUCCGUCCUGAGGACAUCAUCAUAAACUGCAGCAAGGACUCCAAGCAUCCCAAGCCUCCCCCUGGCACCAAAUGGAAGGAGGUGCGUCAUGACAACAAGGUGACCUGGCUGGUGUCGUGGACAGAGAACAUCCAAGGCUCUAUCAAGUACAUCAUGCUGAACCCCAGCUCCAGAAUCAAGGGAGAGAAGGACUGGCAGAAGUAUGAGACGGCCCGAAAUCUGAAGAAGUGUGUAGACCGGCUAAGGAACCAGUACCGCGAGGACUGGAAGUCCAAAGAGAUGAGGAUCCGACAGAGAGCCGUGGCACUCUACUUCAUCGACAAGCUGGCUCUGAGAGCAGGUAACGAGAAGGAGGAAGGGGAGUCGGCGGACACGGUGGGCUGCUGCUCCCUCAGGGUGGAACACAUCAACCUGUACCCCGAGAAGGACGGCCAGGAGUUCGUGGUGGAGUUUGACUUCCUGGGUAAAGACUCCAUCCGCUACUACAACAAAGUCCCCGUGGAGAAGAGGGUAUUCAAGAAUCUGCAGCUGUUCGUGGAGAACAAGCAGCCAGAGGACGACCUCUUCGACCGACUCAAUACCUCCAUUCUGAACAAGCACCUUCAGGAGCUGAUGGACGGGCUGACGGCCAAAGUGUUCCGUACCUACAACGCCUCCAUCACCCUGCAGCAGCAGCUGAAGGAGCUCACCAGCCCUGAUGAGAACCUUCCAGCCAAGAUCCUGUCGUACAACAGGGCCAACAGAGCCGUGGCCAUCCUGUGUAACCAUCAGAGGGCCCCGCCCAAGACCUUUGAGAAGUCCAUGCAGAACCUCCAGACCAAAAUUGAUGCAAAGAAGGACCAGCUCUCUGAUGCAAAGAGGGAUGUGAAGAGUGCCAAGGCUGACCUCAAAGUACGGAGAGACGAGAAGUCCAAAAAAGCUGUGGAGACCAAGAAGAAGGCUGUGGAGAGGCUAGAAGAGCAGCUGAUGAAGCUAGAGGUGCAGGCGACUGACCGCGAGGAGAACAAGCAGAUUGCCCUGGGCACCUCCAAACUCAACUACUUGGAUCCACGUAUCUCUGUGGCCUGGUGUAAGAAGUGGAGCAUCCCUAUCGAGAAGAUCUACAACAAAACUCAGCGUGAAAAGUUUGCCUGGGCUAUCGACAUGGCAGAUGACGACUAUGAAUUUUAAAUCCUGUUUGCGGUUUUAUAAUUAUGCGAUUUGUAUUGUAAUUUUAUUGGAUACUUGUUUUUAGCUUAACCGAUUACACCAAAUGGCCAGCCUGACAAGGAAAUGAUAAUGAGUGUGCACUCAACAAGCAUGGUGAGGUAGAAGGUCGGGUGUCAGGAUGUAUAGGCCAUUACAGAUGAGCUGGAGGGAGGGGGGACGAUGUGGGUUAGUCUUUGAAGGUUGGAGGUCAGAUUCAAGGGCAGGACUAUACCCACACCCAAAGGUGAAGCGGUUAUCCCAAUGAUUGGAUGAGAACCAGUGGAUUACCUUUUCUCUCUUCCUCUUCAGCCACAUGCACGACCUAAAGGUGUCUGAACUUUGAACUCUGGGGUCCUAUCGCUACUGUAUUCAACAACAAAAAAUGACUGCUUUGUGUAUCGUUUAGAUUUAUUCUUUUUUGUUCACUUGGUCUGUAUUUUUAGCCCUCCCAUGUAUUAUUAAUGGAUUCUAUAUUUUAAUAGAGAAAAGUUAAAUCAAAUGAAAUCCUGAUGUACACCCACGCGCCUUUGAGGAAAUGAAAUGUGAUCUCUAGGUGUGAGUUGUGGGGGGGAGACAUGAAAGCUGUGUUUGGGUGAGUGUGAUGUUUUAAACUGGACUAUGUUGAUUUUGUACCAUGAAAGAGGAUGCAUUGACACGCAAGGAGAAAAUGCUACACCCAUGUCAAUAUUUACAUAAGCAGGCAGAAUGUGAUUAAUUUGUUUUACAGUAUCUAUCAGGGACUGAUUUUCAAUGUAAAUGUGAACCAAUCGUUUAAUUUUUCACACCUUGCAUUGCCAGCAUCCUCUGAAUAUUUCUGCAUAGUCUUCAUUUGGUUUUAACUUAAUAAUUUUUAAUGAUUUGUUUCUGAGAGGAAAAAAACUCCCAUAUCUGUUACUUGAAAAAAAAAAAAUGCUAUUUUUAAUUAAUGGAAAAUGUUUUUUUUCUUCCAGAAGGGUAUGUGAGGGACAUCAACAUUGCCAAAAACAAAUACAAAUCUGUUACAAUUUAGGCAGUUAUUUUUUAAAUUGUGUUAAAGACUGAGGACGAAGAACAUUAACAGGAGUUUCAAUGUGAAUUUUAUUCCACUCUAGUGUCAGAGGAAAGUCGGUGUUUAUAGUGGUAAGCUCAACUUCCUUUUCCUGUUUUUCAACCUCUUCUGUCAUAGCCUCCAAUCAUGUUCUUGUUUUAUGCUCAUUGUAGGUUGAAAAUGAAUAAAACCCCUCAACUCCA